AUGCCUGGGAGAAAGGCUAAUCAAGAAUGGGCAGACGGCGAACGGAGGAGGUCUCUGGGUAUUGUUGAAGAGACUGACAAUGAACCAACGGAACAGACGUCGCUGUUGCCAAAAUCCGCUCCGGAACGCGAUGUCGAAGAGCAGGCUGCCGACAUCCUUCCCGAGGAUAAAACACCUACUACGAGACUUGUACUCCACGAAUUUUGGGUACUGCUCAAAGGCUCUGUGCCGGUGAUCUUGGCGUACACGCUGCAGAAUUCGCUGCAGACCAUUUCGAUUUUGAUAGUCGGUCGAGCGUCGCCACAGGAUCUGUCCACGGCGGCCUUCUCUUACAUGUUUGCCAUGUGCUCAGCCUGGCUUGUUGGCAUGGGUGGCUCAACCGCGCUAGACACUCUGGCUUCCUCGUCAUUCACCGGCAGCAAGAACAAGCACGAUCUUGGAGUUCUGUUGCAGCGGGGUUUCGUCGUACUCACAUUGUUCUAUAUCCCUAUCGCAAUCUUAUGGGCAUCUUCCGAACCAGUCUUCAAGGCUCUUGGCCAGAGCGACCAGCUAUCGAGAGACAGUGCCAAGUUUCUUACCUGCCUGAUCCCGGGAGGACUUGGCUACAUUUAUUUCGAGACCAUGAAGAAGUACCUUCAGGCACAAGAAAUCAUGAGGGCUGGGACUUAUGUUCUGCUCAUCACCUCACCUAUCAGCGCGGCUUUGAACUACUUGUUCGUAUAUGUCGCGGGCUGGGGAUUGUUCGCCGCUCCAUUUGCUACCGGCAUUGGCUACUGGCUGUCCUUCCUGGGCUUGAUCCUCUAUGCUCGCUUCGUGGCUGGAGGAGAAUGUUGGGGAGGUUGGAGUCGCAAAUGCUUCCAAAACUUGGGAGCCUUUGCCAAACUAGCCAUUCUUGGCUUCUUCCAUGUCGGCACAGAGUGGUGGGCAUUCGAGAUUGUCACGCUCGCAGCCGGCAAGCUGGGAGAGAUCCCGCUUGCCUCCCAGAGUGUGGUUGCGACUGCAGAUCAGGUCCUGAACACAAUUCCGUUCGGCAUCGGCGUUGCGACUAGUGCACGUGUUGGCAAUAUGCUAGGAUCAAGGAACGCCAAAGGUGCCGCUCGAUCUGCCAACACCGCGGCAUGGCUCAGCAUGUUCAUGGGAGGGCUAGUGCUCGCUAUCCUGAUGGGCACGCGGAACCACUUCGCCAAGAUCUUCAACGACGAUGAGCGAGUGGUCAAGCUGACUGCGGAGGUCCUGCCCUACGUUGCGCUCUUCCAGAUCGCCGACGGUCUCAAUGGCAGCUGCGGUGGCUCUCUACGAGGCAUGGGGCGCCAAGAGAUCGGUGCGGCUGUGAACAUUAUCAGCUACUACUGCGGAGCCUUGCCGUUGGGCAUCUGGCUCGCGUUCCAUGGAUGGGGCCUGCCCGGACUCUGGGUGGGUCAAUGCAUUGCGUUGUAUAUUGUCGGCAUCUUGGAGUGGCUUAUUGUGGCAUGGAGCAACUGGGAGAAGCAAGUCGAUAGGGCUUUUGCCCGGAUGGACAGCGAGGCGCGAGAUGGGACCGAGAACGGUGAAAUAGAGUGA